AAACGCACAGGCGCACAGCUCUCUCUUCGUCCUCACCAACUCAUCAGCUAGCAUUCAGUAUACACAAGUACUCCCUUCUCCAGCUAGCCUCAUUUGUGUCUCAACAGAUUGCUAAUCUCAGUCAAGCUUAGGCCGCGUCAAUGGCCUCCUCCGCCGCUUUCGCCGUUCUCCUCGUCCUCGCCGUCGCUGCGCAGUGCACUCGUGGUGGUCAGCUUGCGUGCGAGGACCUGUCGGCGGACGUGUGCGCGUUCGCGGUGUCGUCGGCCGGGAGGCGGUGCGUGCUGGAGCGCACUCCUGACGGCGCCCAGCGGUGCCAGACCUCGGCGUCGGCGGUGGGUGUCGAGACCGAUGCCUGCGUGCGUGCCUGCGGCGUCGACCGCGCCGUGCUGGGCCUCCCCAUCGCCAGCGCCAUGGCCGAGGGCGACCGCCGCUCCUUCUCGGCACUCUGCUCGUCUGCAUGCCGGGACGUGUGCCCCGACGUCGUGGAUCUCUACGCCACCGUGGCCGCCGCUGAAGGUAUGUCGCUGCCGCUGCUGUGCGAGGCGCACAACAAGGCUGGGAACCGCCGCAUGCUGACUUCGACGAUACCCCCGGUCGGCGCUCCGGAGGCUGAUGCGAUACCCCCGGUCGGCGCUCCGGAGGCUGAUGCGCCAGCUGCAUGAGAUGAGAGCAAUGCAUGAUGUACUCACGAUUUUUCACUGUAGCUUGAAUAGUUGAUGCACACAGUGUUCCGGAUAUCCUCGUGAUUUGUAUCCGAGAUAGCUGGUCUCCAUUGUUUUUAUAUGAAAUAAAGCUGUACGAUCAUUGAGUUUGGUCCAAAACCAAACAACGACAUGAAUAAAGUAAUUAUAAUGCAAGGGAGACAUAUUCACUCA